AGCAAUUCGGAUCUGGCAACGCUGAUAUAAUCAGCUGGUCGAGUUUGUAAACAUGGCUGUCAGAAACCCAGGCGUUGGCUUAGAUUUAGCAUGGGUGAACAGUGUACAGGUUAAUCUGCCAUCAGUCAAGAGACGAGCUGAGACUUUGGGCACAAAACGCACUGUAAAGAAACAGUGGCAGGCAGCAUGGCUGUUACGAGCAGUUACCUGCAUUGAUCUUACAACUCUCUCAGGCGAUGAUACCAAUGCCAAUGUUCAACGUCUGUGCCACAAAGCGGCACGCCCCAUUCGUCACGACAUAAUAAAGGCCAUGGGUAUGGAGGAUGCUGGCAUCACCUGUGGGGCUGUCUGUGUGUACCCUGCCCGAGUAGCUGGUGCCCUAAAAACGUUGCAGAAGAUUGGAGUAGAUAUUCCUGUAGCAGCAGUGGCAACAGGCUUCCCAUCUGGACAAUACCAUUUGAAGACUCGAUUAGAAGAGAUACUCUUAGCUGUAGAAGAUGGUGCAAGAGAGAUUGAUAUUGUUAUCAGUCGAGAAAUGGCUCUCCUUGGCAACUGGAAAGGAUUAUAUGACGAGGUGAAGGUGAUGCGAGAGGCCUGUGGUGAUGCCCACAUGAAGGUCAUCUUGGCUGUUGGAGAACUUGGUUCUUUGAACAAUGUGUACAAGGCUUCCCUUGUAGCCAUGAUGGCUGGGGCUGACUUCAUCAAAACUUCCACUGGCAAGGAAGGAGUCAAUGCUAUCCUCCCUGUAGGAGUUGUCAUGUGUCGAGCCAUCAGGGAUUUCUAUGAACGUACUGGACACAAGAUUGGAUUCAAGCCUGCUGGUGGGAUCCGAGCAGCCAAGGAUGCUCUUGUGUGGCUAAUUCUCAUCAAGGAGGAACUUGGUAAUGACUGGCUUAACAACCACAUGUUCAGGAUUGGAGCAUCAGGUCUCUUGGCCGACAUUGAACGUCAACUCUUCCAUUAUGUGUAUGGACGCUAUGCAGCCACAUCAGAGCUUCCCAUGGCCUAGAAAUUUACUUAGUGACUAUUUCAUUGAAGCCUCUCAUGACCUAGUAGGCUUCCAUCUAAUAAGAACUGAAAGCACCUUGAGUAGCAUUCAAAUAAGUAGCAUUCAAAUAUUUUCCAUUAAUUGCUUCCAUGUGCAACAGUACAAUGUGUUCUGUCUGGGGGUUACGUAUUCUGUAUAAUGUAAUGUUAAAUGCGCCAUACAGUAAUUAUAUUUCAAAGGAUAUAUACAGAUAAAAUAAUUGAGGAAAAUCUUUAAUUUUACUAAACUUUCAUAAUGGCACUAAUUUGUUGUGGUUAAACAGUAUGUGUUUGAUGUUUAGAUGAUGGAAAUGUACAUCGUUUUCACAGAUUUAUUUAAUUAUGUACUCUUAUUAUUUACUACAGGACUCUACAGUACAGUGGCAACUCCAAAAUUUUAAUUGCCUUUCCAAGCUUGAUCUGAAUUCUUGUGAAAUACAGAUUUUUUAAAUAUUUUUCUUUACCAGUUAUUUAUAUCUAGAAUUAUUGUAGUUUUCCUGUAGUAAACGGACCAAUGUUUCUUCAUAGUUAGAUAAAAAAAAACAUAUAUAAAGAAUGUGGUGUGCAUUUAAAUAAUAAUUCUGCUCUUAAAAAAAAAAAUACGUAUAUAAUCUUUAUGUACAUUAUUCAGCUUAAGCUGGUCUUGGUAAACAAGUGGCAGCACAAUAUGGUUAUAGCACUCUACUCUUUGGAGCUGCACAUUCAACAGACCUUUUAACAUAAAUUACCACUAGACAUUUAACAUGUACUGACCUUUAAAAGUCCUCAAUGUCUCAGGUUUGUGCAUUCUUACAGCUACCCCCAAGCUACGAAGUUGAGUGAGUUACUGGGAAACAUCCUUGUGCAAAGUAUCAUACUCACUUAAAUACCAUACUUUUUGCAAAACUUCAUGAGGUGCUUCUUUGAUUUUUAUGAAACAGUACUAUUGUCAAAGCUAUACAUUGCCAGCUGCUGGCCUCCCCAAGUCAUGAUUUACUUUUUUCAGUAAGUCUGCUUAUUUAUCUAUGGUUAGGGCAUUAUUCAUACUCUAUCAGAUUUACCCUUGCUGCUCUUCCUCAAUACCAUAGAUUUCAACUUGUAAAUAACGUAUUCAGAGAGAAGGUUGAUGAAAACGGGUGGUAAAUGAUUAGUAGGUCUACAUACUCAGUAAGCCUAUGAAUGAGAAAGUCACUCUUCUGUAUCGAUACAAGCACACUAAAGCAUGUCUACGAAUAACUGAAGAAUAACAAAAAUCUGAAGAAACUAUUUAUCUGAAACUAGAAAAAGAAGCUAGAAACAUUUAAAGUUUACUAUUCAUGAGCUGGGUUUCACAGUGGUAACUCAAAAAUCAGGAUAUGAAUUUUUGGUGGGACAGUUUGUUGCCAAACUGGUCUAUUGCUUAGAAUGUCUGGAUUUUGUAAGGUCUAGCCUUAUGUGGAGGUAUGGAUUUUAGAGGGUUAGAGUACUGUAUUACAAUUUUCUCUGUUAAUGAGUUUAGAAUAAAUAUAUAAGUAUAGAAACCAGUGCCUUCAAAUAUGGAUAAGAUUUUUAUAAAUAUUGUUAAUUGAUUAUAUAUGAUUAUUUGAGUUGCAUAUUAAAAUUCUAAAAAUAUAUUUUUAUGCUAAAUA